UCCUUUGCCGGGGCUCGCGCUCCCUGCGGAGUCCCUCCCUUUGCAUGAGAAGAAACCGAACCAAAUAAGAAACUAGGAAUAAAGCCGCCGCAGCAAGGGCGGGCGGGCAGGCACUGCGCGCGGCGGCAGCGGCGGCGGCGGCGAGGCGUCUUCCGCCCGGCUCGGCCGCCCUCUUCCUCCCGGCCGACGAGACCCUGGGAUGCCGCGCCCACCGCCGGGAGAGGCGGGGCCUGCCAGCCUUCUAGUUCCGACUUCGGCCGCAGCUGGGCUCUGCUGGAGGGCCUGGUAAGUGGGGCGCCGCCCGGCCGGCCUUCGCCCCGGGGGCAGCGCGCGGGAGCGGGGCAGGGGCGCGCAGAGGGCGGCGGGCAGCCGAGGCCGAGGCCUGCCCGGGAGAGAGGGGCUCCGGCGUGGCUUCUCGCUGCCUCCCCGCCCCCCGCCCCCGGCAGGCUCCUCUUUCCCCCUCUUGCCCCUCGGAAAUCCCGCGGGGGCGGGAAGCAAGAGGCGCGCGCCCCUGAAUCCCCCCCAUUCCCAGGCGCGGCCAGCCUUUAGUCGCGCGCAAUCAACUCUUCCCCACGUUCCUCUUGGGCUGCGUGUCUGCCUGCCUUGCGAGCGCUGCGGGCGAGGCUCGUCGGAGGCAGCGGACGAAACCCGUCAGCGCGCAGGUUUCUCCGUUUGCUGCUCCUGCUGGGCGUUUGUGUGGGAAGAGGCGCGCACAGACCGGUUCUGCAACAAUCCUGCCUCCUCGGUGGUUCGCAGGAGCUCUGUUGGAUCCUGCGGCUGGUUCUGCUGGCUAUAAAGCGUGGGAGAAAAUGCAUUGCCUUCUUGCAGGGGCGAAACUAGGCUUUAUUUCACCCGGGUUAAAGACCCAGUCUGGCAAAAGAAAACCCGUGCAUUCGCGAACGCAAACAGGCUGGUGCCCCCCGGAGGCUUCACCCGGGGCAAAAAACCCGGCUAGCCCCCGCCCCCCUCGUAGCUACGGCUCUGCCUUAUUGCUCGGCCAUUUCUAAAGUUUAACAACCUAGAAGCAAGCUUUGGAGUUAGAAAGAACUCCCCCCGCCGCCUUUUUAAGGCCUUAGGUUUCCAUAGCAAACCAAAAAUUUGCUUUGCACCUUGCCUUGAUAGCUGUGUUCCAAGUACAUACUGCAAAGGGAAUGAUUUUCCUUGCCCUGCCCACGUGUUCUCUGAAUGUGGCUGAUGGUGUAACACUGGGGGAGGCGGAUAGAACUUUUUCUGGUGCUUUCUCUGGGCGUGGAAGUGAGGCAGGGAACGGUAAACGAAACCCCUGUUUGCCGCAAGGGUCUGUUUAAGCCCCUGGUGGGCUAUUUCCGCACCAAAUGCUCAGAUAAAAGGAAGCGAACAGGCUGUGGUGACCCCUCUGCUGUCCUGGCAUUUAUGGGCCUGUUCCAGGGUUGCCCCCAUGCCUGCACUUUUUCAAAUAAUAUGCUGAAAUAAUUGGAGAAGAGCUUUCUAGUCUCAAAUGCAACUCAUCCACUGGGUCUUUGCAAAGGUUGUAAAGGUAGCAAAGGGUGAAAUAUUGCUUGCUUCUAAACACUGAUGCUUGCUGUGGGGCUGGAGGCCUGCAAGUUGUUACUGAAUGAACUGCCUGUUAGGUGGGGCACUAGCCUGGUGUCCAUGGCAGCAUCACUCCCUAAAUGUUUGUGCAGGAAAGAUGGCACUGAACAGAAAGCGCUACUUUUGUUUCUUUCCCUAAAAGAGUUUUUCUUGGGGUGUCAGACCCUUCCCUAAGGCCCCUGCUUUUUUGCAUUAGACUGUGCCUAAAGCAGGGAUGGGAAACCUGUGGCCCUCAAAGUUGUGGAGCUACAAGCCUGGCCAUCGGUCAUUGGCUGGGGCUGAAGGGAAGGAGCUGCAGUCCAGUAACAUCUGAAGGGUCACAGAUUCCCCCAACCCAAAUCUGAAGGUAAAAUCAAAAUGGAGACGGAGAGGAGAAAGAGGCCUUGAUCUAAAGAGACAGCAGAUGAUUAUCAUAGAGCACUUAAUGUAUCCAUCUCUGUCUGGAUUGCAAACAGAGAAAUCUCCCAUGGAGCAAGCUGUGUUAAGAAUAUAUUUAUUUAAUAUAAAGAAUAUAUUUAUUUAUUUAAGCCAUUAUGUAUUUAUUUAAGCCAUUAACGUUUUUAAGUGGUGUACAUAAAAUUACAGACUAGGACCCUCCCUAUUUUUUGUGAUUGUGUUGUUCAGUUGUCAGUUUUUUAAUUGUCGUGACUCGCCUUGCAACCUUAGGGUGAAAGGUGGGUACUAAAUUAAAAUAAUAAUAAUGAUGAUGAUAAACUGUACAAAGAUAGGAACAAUCCAAAUUAUCAUAAAACAAACUAUUUAUAUAACCUGUAUUUUGGGCAGCUCACAAGGUACAAAAGAAUAAAUGCUAAAAUGUGAGGAUGAACCUAAUUCCCUAAGGAAAAAGAACAAACUUGUUCCAGUUCUUGAGCAGCUUAACGACAUGUUCUGACCAUUGUGCCAAAUACAUUUUGGGGGGGGGGGGUUGAUGUGGGUUUCAUGAACAUUACAGACUUUAAGUACAUCGGAGCCCUGCUGGAUCAGGCCAGAGGCCCAUCUAGUCUAGCAUCCUGUUCUCAUAAUGGCCAAACCAGAUUCCUCUGGGAAGCCCAUAGCAAAGGCAACAGCACUUGCCCCACUUGUGGAACCCCAGCAAGAUACACCGCCUCUGAUCCUGCAGGCAGAUCCUGCCUGAGCUUACUCAAAGGUUGUCCUCUGAGAUGGCAGUGAACUCGCAUGGUAUGUAAGCUUAGCCAGUCUUGAAAGCAGAGGGGAAGAACCUGUGGUCCUCUAGAUGAUGUUGUACAACUCCCAGUGGUCAUCCCUGACCAUUGACCAUGCUAGUUGGAGGUGAUGGGAUUUGGAGUCCAUUGCCAUCUGAAGGACCAUAGGUUACCCAGCGCUGCCUAAAUAGAUAAGGGGGAACCAAUAGCUGAGGCUUCUCCCUCCUUCAGUGUGCCAUACAGGUUAAACCUUAGCUUUGGAGUUGAGCGGUUGUUGCUGCGAGGGUACAAGAUAGGGGAUUUUGCCCAGCAAAUUUCAUAUUCAAGUGUCUUCUCUCUCUCUUCCAGCUAAGAAUUGCAUCCUAGCCGUGAAGUCUUCAGCCUCUCCAACGUAAAGUCCCUUCCAAGCGUCUCAUGAUGAGUCUCCAGUGGGCGGCUGUGGCCACCUUCCUCUAUGCAGAAGUCCUCCUCGUUUUCCUCCUGUGCAUACCCUUUAUCUCAGCAACAAGGUGAGCUGAGGUGGGGAUGGGAUUGCGGGUGAACCUAGGAGCCUUUCCAGGCCACAGCUGUUGUGUAACACAAUUAAGGACGCAAUCACACCCUCUCUCGGCCUUGGUUUCUAGGAUGUUGCAGGAGGCGGAUGGAUGCCUGUCAACGAAACAGUGGGUUGAGUGAUUAGCUCUUGCAGACCGAUGGGAAAUUAUUUUUAAUAUCUGGUUGUCACUGGAAUCUGUGAGAGGAGACAAGGAGGUGGAUGAAAAGUCACUCCCAUUUAUUUAGCCAAGUUCCUUAUUGUCAAACAUCUGCUAAGUAGCUCAGAGGGGGGUUGUGGUUAGGAAAUGGUGCAACAGCCCUUAUGUAGGACAUAGUUCUUGGACAGUGUUCUUAGGAACCACCCUAUUCCACGACACUAAUUUAUUUUAAGCUGAUUAAAAUACCUAUUAUAAAGUGCUGCAACUCUGGGACUUUAUAGAAGGGCGGCUAAGUAAUUUUUUAUUACUAUUACAAAGGUUGAUAGUAAAGCUCACCGUCAGGGCUGUUUGUAUUCUGAUGCACUAAGAAAUAAAAUUCUGUAGCCUGCUAAGUCCAAAUUUUGCAGAUUCUGCAGCAAGAAAAGCCAUGUUUUGCUACAUAAACUUGUAAAUGGUGUUUGGAAUUAGCCAGUUGCGACUGGUGCGGGUCCAGUUGUGACUACAUGGAGAUCUCUGGAUGCCAGGCUGGCGAUUGAGGAAAACAAAAUGCCACUUCGAGAAGAAUCUGAAAUACUUUCCCUGAAGCCUGAAUUAGAUUUAUUCUGAAUUGUUUUAUUUGAUGUUUUAAUGUGUUGUAAAACACAGAGAUUUGUUCUUUAAAAUAUAAAGCAGUAUAGAAACAGAAAUAAUAAUAAUAAUUGUCAUCAUCCCAUGGGGGUGGGAGGGGAGUGGUGCCACUGGGGUGACCGCAGCCUUGGUUUAAGGUGCCAUUUGGCAAUCUAUAUCUGAGUUUCUAACACUGCUUGUAAACUUAGUUUGCAUAAUUCAGUUAAUGAAAUCCGAUUGUUGAUGGAAUCUUUUGUGUGACAUGAUUGGAAAAUGAGAGGCAAUUGCUUAAAAAAUAUUUUUGUGUUUGGUGCCAUGUGUCACAAUCCUUAAAAUGACCUACUUAAACCCUGCAUAGUUCUGCUAAUUUAACUUUUUGGGAGAAGCAAAGAGCUGCCUGGGACACUUCAUUUCUGUUUCUAGCUCCUGGAAGCCUUCCUUGGCUGCUCCUCUGGCUUUUGAGUCUUUCGCAGGCACUGCUCACCUUACAAACAUACCUUCCCAGUUAUGAGGCCUAGAACCUUAGUUUUCUUUAAAAAAAAAUACAUAUAUGCAAGACUCUCAGGAAGCUGAAUUCUCUUCCCAACCUGCACUUCUUUAGAAUCAUGGCAUACACAUCCCCCCCCCACCCAUUCCUUCCUCCCAUCUCCUCCUGGCAUCUCUUCCGCUGCUGUUUAACCCAGACGGAAGGCUGUCUGGGGAUGUUGCUUGGCAGUUACCGCGUUGUCUCCUGAUUUCUUCCAGGAGUUACACUCCCUCCAAGGCAUUGAUGUAGCCCCAAAAUGCCUUCUGCCUGAAAGUGGCUCCAUGGCGUCAGGUUAGGCAGAGGUAACCGGGGAGGUGGGAAAUCCCUGGAGGUAGGGAAGGGGGAACCUAGAGCCUUCCAGAUGUUGCUGAGACUCCCAUCAGCUCAGCCAGUGUAACUAAUACUUGGGGAUGAUGGGAAUGUUAUAGGCCAACUGCGUUUGGAAGUUUACCAUCGUAGUCUUGGUCGGCGCUUGUCCACAGCCUCCUAAAUAGCCCAAGAGAGGAAAAACUGGGUCCUGUCUCCAUUUUGCUUCCCCACCCAUAGCAGAACAAGCUGCUGCCUGUGUUGCGGUCAAGUGUGUUUGUGUUUGUUGCCUGCAAAGCAUUGAUCCUAACCUCCAACCUUCUUCCACAGAUGGCAGAAAAUCUUCAAGUCCCGCUUGGUGAAGAUAAUGUUGGCCUAUGGGAAUACCUUCUUUGUUGUGCUCAUAGUCAUCCUGGUCCUGUUGUUUCUUGGUGAGUGGAAGGAAGCCAGUGUGCUUGGGGUGGGUGUUCUCGCCUCACCCGCUCAUGGGAGCGUUUGCUUCUCUGCCUGUGCCUGCCAGGUUCUGGCCAGGGCCUUGGGCCACUUCUUCCUCCUGUGCUCUCUGAGCUGCUCAUAGCCCAGCACUGAGACAGAAAGGGGACAGGAACGUGGCUGUGGUUCAGGGCCUUUCUCCACACCCGCUCAACUUUAUCUUGGCCAGUGAUUCAGGAGAACCAUCUUUCAUCUCCCUCCAUGUAGCUGGGGUAGGGCUUUGCCCAGAGUGCUGUGCUGGGUUUGGCCGUGAAGGAUUGUGGUUCAAAUCCUGCCCAGCCAUGAAUUUUCUUGGGGUCUUCCUCACAGGGUGGCUGUGAAAUCUAAAAGGCAACCAGAAGCAGUUCUGUGCUGUGGAAAAUCCUAGAAGAGUAAGAGUUGAAGAUAAAUCAGAGGGGGAAAGCUGGUGUCAAAAUAUUGGGGGUUGCGGGUGCGAAAGUGGUGGAGAUGACAGACCUCUGCUUUAUAGGUACCCGUAUUUUUCGCUCUAUAACACGCUCCCAACCAUAACACGCACAUAGUUUUUAGAGGAGGAAAACAAGAAAAAAAAAUAUUCUAAACGAAACAGUGGAUGUAUGAUUUUUGUGGUUCAUGCUGUGGCCACAGACAUGUGAUCUGACGGUGAGUUUGGGGUAGCCCAAGGCAAAAAUCCUGAGGAUCCAUGUGGAUCCGUGCUUUGUAACCACGUUUUUGCACCACUGCGGCCCCAGGCAACAGUGGGUGCGUGAUUUUUUUGGUGCAAGCUGUAGCCAUGGACAUGCUAUGUGAUCUGAUGGUGAAUUUGGGGUGACCCAGUGCAAAAAUCCUGAGGAUCCGUGUGGAUCCGUGCUUUGUAACCAUGUUUUAAGUGGGGAGGGAAGGAAAAGCACUCAAGGGACAGGGAACACGCGUGGGGUGGGUGGAGAAGGAUGCUGUUAAUAAUGCAGAAGAGGGGUAUAAGAGAAGAAGGCUCUUAUAAGAGGAGUGGGGAGGAAAGAGAGACAGAGCCUGCUUGCGAAAAACUUUGCUCCUAUUUAGCGAGUGGGGAGGAGAGAGAGACAGAGAGCCUGCUUGCUUUAAAGGAGCCAACCGGACAGGAGCCGCUUACACGAGUGUAAGCGGCUCCUCUCCUCUCCUCUUCCGCUUUGCUCCUUUAAAGCAAGCAGGCUCUCUGUCUCUCUCUCCUCCUCACUCAGCGGCUCUUCUCCCGCUUUGAUGUUUCAAAGCGAGCCACGGAGGAGGGAAGGAAGGGGAACCAUGGAUCCUCUGCUCACAACUGCAGCAGAUCCCCCCGCCAUCCAUAGGCAUUCGCUCCAUAACACACACAGACAUUUCCCCUUACUUUCUAGGAGGAAAAAAGUGAGUGUUAUGGUGCAAAAAAUACGGUACCUUCUUUCUACUUCACCAUUGCACUUAGCUGCUCAGGACAGUUGAGUAGACAACUGCUUUGCAUCCAUUUUGAUGUAUUUUUAAUCUUUGUUGGAAGCUGCCCAGAGUGGCUGGGGAAACCCAGCCAGAUGGGCAGGGUACAAAUAAAAUAAUAAAUAAUAAUAAUAAUAAUAAUAAUAAUAAUAAUAAUAAUAAUAAUAAUAAUAUCAUCAGCAGUUGGGCUAGGAUGCCAAAUAUCUUUUGUGUGGGUUAUGGCAAUGUAUUCUAUUCAGAUGGGGGGUGGGGGAGAGACCCUGGAAGCCUUGUGAAAUGAGGCUGCUCUUUUGACCCCUACCUCCACUACACCAGUUCCACAUAAAGCAAACCAAUUUGUUUUAAGUCCCUUGCAUCAGGGCAUUUCUAGAAACCGCCUCCUUCAUGUGAUAUUUGUCUGCCUUUUGAGGUCCUCAGCAGAUGCUCUGCUCUGCCACUGUUAGAGAUGCAGUCUACCCUCUACAUGGGGCAGACCCUUUUGGGUUGUUUAUCCCAGAUUAUGGAACUCCAUGCCCUGAAGGGCUCCCUUGGCCCCCUCUCCCUGCUAGCAUUUCGGCACUUGGCCCAGCCUUUAUGUAGUGCCUUUGUGGACAAGCUCUCCCCUGGAUUGUGUGCGUGUCACUCCUGAUCCAGUUUUAUGGUGCAGAAUUCUAUAUUUUUAAAAGAAGGUUGCCGGCACUUUGAAGGCCUUUGAGAUGGAGAAACGGCUUAGAAAUAAAUUGGAUCAGAAGUUGGGCACAUUCUUACCUCCCCCUCCAUUAAGAUAGAUUCUGUGGCUGGGUUGUUGUCUUAGAGAUGCUCAAUUUCCCCUAAAGCAAGGAUGGUCGACAUGGCGCCCUUCAGCUGUCCCUGAACUACAACUCCCAUCAUCCCUGACCGUUGGUCAUGCUGGCUGAGGCUGUUAGGCAUUGCAGUACGCCAGCACCUGGAGGGCACCAUGUUCUUUGUCACUGCCUCUAAAGUCACCUGCAGUGAUGGCCCAGAAUCCAGCGUUCUAGCCAGCAGCACAUGUCCAGUGACAGGUAGGCUGUUCCCUGUGAAACAUUCCUGGCUGUUCUUCAGCAGGUUUCUCUGCUUCUGGCUCCUUUGGCAAGAGACAGCGCAAGGGUGUUAAAAUGGCACAUGCAAGCUGCAGUUCAUGCAGAGAUGGAGCUUGCAAGGUAUGCAAGAAGUUGGCUUCUGCUGCCCCCUGGAGUUUUCAGUGGGACAGUGAGGGUGAGAAGUGCACUCUUCCAUACAAACCCCUUUCAUGGACUCAGAAUUGUAGAGUUGGAAGGAAACCCCGAGGGUCAUCUAGUCCAACCCACUGCAAUGCAGGAAUCUCCACUGAAGCAUUCGUUUUAUGAGUGAGUAGAGCGCCAUCCCAUCAGUUUGUGCCGUCUGGCUGUUGGGGCUCCCUAGGGAUGGAGCUGAUGGACUUGUGUGCCGUAUUCCACACAAAUGCAGAAACUUAUUAUAGAACCAAAAUGAGACUUGUUCAUGUGGCACCACAAGAAGGCGAGUCCAGCCCAUGGGUCAUCAGUCAGCCGCCCUGUUUUAGGGAAUGAAUUCAACAUAGAGCCAAGCGGAUCGCUCUGUCGGCUCACUCAUUUCUGCUUUCCUGAUGAAAUGAGCUGCCUUCUCCUCCACCUGCCUGCUGUCCCAGUGGUUCUCCUGACCCCCAGAGCCAACUGGAGGGGCAAGCCCCAUUGCACUAGCAGAAGAAGUUGUUGCACAGGCUUUUUUUCUUUUCUUUUGAAGAGGCUUUCUUGUAAUAAUUGUCAAGGGCAAGGAUAGGGCACUUUUUCCUCCUGGGGGCCACAAAAUGGGCGUGGCCAGAGGCAAAAAAACGGGUAGGACCCCAGACAUUACUCACUUGCAUAUAGCAGGCUCCAUUCAAGUCAUGUAAAAUCCAGGGAUUCCCAUGCAGACCUCUCUAUUCUCAGUUCCAGUCAGGCAAAAGUCCUCAAGGAGACAGUGGGGCAGGUGCUAGUGUGGGCUGUGUCCUGGAGAGAGUCAUGUGGGCCAGAUAGAGAGGUCUUGGGGGUAGAUGGGUGUGCUCUGGGCCUCAGGAUCCCCUACCUGGCCUGGGAGGAGAAGAAAUUCAGUGCUUUAGUUCUCAGUCACUUCAAACUUUAGUUACCUUUAUCCUGCUAACCCCAUAUAUUCUUGAAACCUGACUAUCAUACUUGACCCAGACUGGAUGAUAUCUUUGCCAUGUGACUUGAGCUUGAUUUUCCUUCUGGAAAUAUCAGCUGUGGGGGUUUGACUUUGGGUAGGAUUUGUGGGGUGAGGGAAUUGUCCCUUCUCUCCACACAUUUCCCCCCUCAAAAUUGCCUCCCAAGCUGCUUGUGGCAAAUCACACCUUUAGGGGCAAUAAGCAGAAGAGUGGCUUUCUAGUGAGAAAAAGGCUGUGGAGUAGGUCACCACCACACACACACACCGGUCCAUGCACUGUGAUCCCCAUCUGAAUUGCACCCCAGCAAUUUCUGUUGCUAAAAGAAAAAGAAGCCUGGGCAGCACAAUCAUGUGACCAACGUAUCGCCUGGUAUUGGAAGUCCGCUGCUUUUAGAAUACUUGGCGAGGCUGAAUAUGUGAGGAAAUAGUUUCACCUUUAGCACAGUCAGUGAGGAGUCAAAACUUUAUUUUGCAAUCAUUCAUUGCCAUGACUUAGGCUGUCAAAAUGGCUUGUAAUGUUAAUACCCAAAUAGCAUUCGUACUGUUUCAGAAUGGAACGGAAUGAAGGAGGGGUGACAUUGUCUUACGUCUACACAGACCUUUCAGCUAACAUUGGCUUAAUUCUCAAGCAUGAGAAGCAGGGCCCUUCCGCCCCCUUCUAAUAGUACCUCUGUUUCUUUGAUGCUCAUGGCAGCCAUUUUGUGCUGGCACCCACAGCACUUUGGUGUAGAUACUAGAACCGGCACCUCAUUAUCAUUAUUCUUUUAACCAAAAAAAAAAGCCCUGAAAUAUAUGACAAUGGAGUGGAACUGACAGAUUUCUCUCAGGAGAGAAUUUAACUUGGGCGCCAUGCUGAAUAUAUCCUAUUCCUGGUGACAGCUGAUCUUGCCUCAGAUGAUCAUGAUUACAUGAAGUAAUGUCUCAUGUGUCAAUCUUAAUUAAUGUGGUGGGUGGCAAGUAUAGGAGAAAGAGCUCAUUAAGUGGCUUCCUAGAUCAAGGCCACUGAGGGCUUUAAAGAUUGGAAGCCGACAACCUAACCUGGGCCUGAAAACAAGCUGGCAGCUAAUGGCGCUCUCCUCAGAGACUGGGCUGGGGAGCGUGUGACCCCCCCCCCAAGUAGUUGUUGAACUACAGCUCUUAUCAUCUCCAAUCAUUGGCCAUGUUGGCUGGGGCUGAUGGGAGCUGGAGUCCAUAAAUAGCUAGAGAGCCACAGGCCCCCAGCCCUGCUCUGAAAGGUGAGAUACGCUCCUGGAGGUUAGUUCUAGAUAGAAAUUAUGCUACUAUAUUCUGGACCAGUGGAAAUUACCCAGAGGCUCCUCAUGGUAGGAGGGUAGCAAAGUGUUGCAUUGUGUGGGGGCAGCUGAAAAGCUUGUUUAUGUUCCCAUCAGUCUAAGACCUGCUUUGGGGACCCUACCGUUGGUCAGUGGGACAAGCAUUCUCAAGUUGGCAUGACCAAAACCUACCUCCAUUUUAUACUUCUGUCUGGAACACAUGCUGUUGUGGCAUGAUGGCUUUUGGUGGAGUCUUGUCAAAGACUUCAGCUGGAUUCAUGGAUUCAUGGCAAUGGGCUGGGCUUGGGACGAAAUCUCCAGAAACCAACCAGUUCAAGCAAGGCUUGCAAAUAAAUUGUCAGUCUGCGGAGCUCUGACUCGUAUAUAAAUUUGUGACUUGCAGAUGCCAUUCGUGAGAUCCGGAAAUAUGACGACGUGACCGAGAAAGUGAACCUGCAGACCAACCCUGGGGCUGUGGAGCAUUAUCACAUGAAGCUCUUCCGAGCCCAGCGGAACCUCUACAUUGCUGGCUUCUCGCUGCUGAUGUCCUUGUGAGUACCUCAGGGGCACUGCUGAGGCCAGAUCUGGUGGUGGGCAAGCUGCGUGGCCGGCCAGACUCAUCACCCCUGACUAUUAGCCAUGCUGCCUGGAGCCUGAUGGAAACUGGAGUCUUAACAGCAUCUAGAGGGCCACCAUUUCCCAAUCCCUGGGCCAGAUGCUUGGGAAUCUGGGUAAGGCUUGGAUACUAGGUUUGAAUUCAGGAGGCACUGGAAAUAAGGCAUUGAGGGGAGCAUCAGCUGCAGCCAGAUUGCAUCACCCUUAGCACCCACUUCUUGCCAGUAAGAACCAAAUUAUUUACUUUGUGGCCCUUGACAUAGUUCUUGCACAUAGUAGCAAAGAGUUCUCUUGGGAGCAUCCCUUUCACCAUUUCAAGGGUGGCCUCCAUAUAUUCUCCUUUACAGAGAAAAGCUUCUAGGCAGGCUUUGACAUCUCCCCUUAAUGAUGCUUUGCCUGGUUCUCUUGCACCGUAGGUGUUGGCUGCAGAGCUGCAUAAAAGGUAACGGGACCCCUGACCAUUAGGUCCAGUCGUGGCCGACUCUGGGGUUGCGGCGCUCAUCUCGCUUUAUUGGCCGAGGGAGCUGGCGCACAGCUUCCGGGUCAUGUGGCCAGCAUGACUAAGCCGCUUCUGGUGAACCAGAGCAGCGCACGGAAACACUGUUUACCUUCCCACCAGAGCGGUACCUAUUUAUCUACUUGCACUUUGAUGUGCUUUCGAACUGCUAGGUUGGCAGGAGCAGGGACCGAGCAACGGGAGCUCACCCCGUCGCGGGGAUUCAAACCGGCGACCUUCUGAUCGGCAAGUCCUAGGCUCUGUGGUUUAACCCACAGCGCCACCUGAGAGGAUGGCAAAGCUAGAGGUGGGGAGCCUCUGGCCCACGGGCCAAACGUGGCUAUCUAGGCCUGCCCACUUGGCCUACAAGGCUUUUUUGUGAACCCAGGCCCAGCGCCCCACAUAUAUGAUAGCAGGUGUGGGAUAGGUAAGGGUGGGGUUUCAAAGGAACAACCAGGAGCUUAAAGUGGAUUCCUGACUGUUUAAUUUGCUGGAGCAAGGUAUACUCCCAGUCAUGGCAUCAAAUGAUGGGCAAUGAGAACGCACCUUGCUUGAGGUGGGCAUGUGGUUUCUAUUCAGUGGAAGCUGCUUCUCCCUUUUUACAACUGCUCUUUGAAGCUGCCUGUGCUUCUUUCAGCCUACAGAACAUGGAAGGCACAGGGCUGGCAAUGCCUCCUGCGCUGUGACGCCAAGUUUGGGAACCCUGCACAGUGAAUUUGGAGGGUGGCCAAUCAUCUGGUGUUGUCUGCCUCAGAGCUGUAGCUAUAGGAGGCGGGGGCUAGCCAGGGUUUUUGCUCAGGUGAAGCCUCCAGAGGGGCGCCAUUGAGGCUCCCAGGCUGUGUGUGUGUGUGUGUGUGUGUGUGUGUGUGUGUAUAUAUGCAAAUGUGCAUUGGGGGAUUGGGUACCCAACUGGGUCUUUGACCCAAGUGAAAUAAAGCCUAGUUUCGCCUCUGGGGUGGAUUGCACCACUCGCCUGUCAAGGUUGGCCCCCAUAGUGGACGAAAAAGUCUCCCCACCCUUGCAUAAGCAAUGCAAUUAACCUUCUGCAGUGUUGUUUGCAUGGUGCAUGCCCAGGUUGUCUCAACAACUGUGAGAUGUGCAGAUUGGCAGGCAAAGUAAUACUAAAAAUUACUCCCUGAAGAUAGAUUUGAAAACCACUGCUGUACAAAAAGGAGGCACGGUUUUCAUCACAUUUCCCUGCUCUCCCUUCUGGAAGCUUUGACAACGAGCGUGAUGUGAGCUGCAGAGGGGCUUGCCUCUUCUCCCUGCUCCCAUUUGUGUUGCUCUGUUUAGGUCAGGGCUGGAGAACAGCAUCUAGAUCAGGCAUCCCCAAACUCGGCCCUCCAGCUGUUUUGGGACUACAACUCCCAUCAUCCCUGACCAUUGGUCCUGUUAGCUAGGGCAGAGUUUGGGGAUGCCUGAUCUAGAGGGCCACACUGGUUUCCUGUCCUUGGUUAAUAAUAAUAAUAAUAAUAAUAAUAAUAAUAAUAAUAAUAAUAAUUUUUAUUUAUACUCCGCCCUCCCCAGCCAAGGCCGGGCUCAGGGCGGCUAACAAGCAAUAAUAAAAACAAGUUGAAUGAAUACAACUUAAAAACAAGAUUAAAAUACAACAUUAAAAUAUUGAAACAUUAAAAUAUUAAAAUGCAGCCUCAUCACAGGAGGAGAAAGGAAAAAGAAAAAAGAAAGAGGGGGACGGAAUCAAAUUGGCUCCAAGCCAAAGGCCAGGUGGAACAACUCUGUCUUACAGGCCCUGCGGAAAGAAAUCAGAUCCUGCAGGGCCCUGGUCUCAUGAGGCAGAGUGUUCUACCAGGCCAGAGCCAAUGUUGAAAAGGCCUUGGCUCUGGUUGAGGCUAAUCUAACUUCCUUAGGGCCCGGGACCACUAGGGUGUUGCUAUUUAUGGACCUUGAGACUCUCUGUGGGGCAUACCGGGAGAGGCGGUCCCGUAGGUACGAGGGUCCUAGGCUGUUUAGAGCCUCACUGGGUGCUAUCUCUCUGUUUCUUUUCUCUCUCUUGUCUGUCUGGGUGGCUUCCAUCCCAUCAAAAGCUUAUGCUGUAAAAAACCGGUUAAUCUUCAGAGCAGGACUCCUGUUUUCAGCAUCAGUCUGGCACAGCAGCCUAGCUCUUUUGGAAGGCCACUUGGAGGAGGCAGGGUGUCAAAAUUUCUAUACAGCAACAUGAUCUGCAAGAACUAUGUCAAGGGCCUUACUGACAAUUUGGCCUUACUGGCAAGAAGUGGGUGCGAAGGGUGAUGCAAUCUGGCUGCAACUGAUGCAACUGCUCAUCUCAAUGCCUUAUUCCCAGUGCCUUCUGUAUUCCCGCUUACUAUCCAAGACUUGCUAAGAUUCCUAAGAGGUGGCCCUCUGGAUGCUGUUGGACUCCAGUUCCCACAAAUAGUUCUUGUUUUUAUUAGGUAUUUUGUGUUUUUAUUACGUAUUUUUAUGCUUUGAACUGCCUUGAGAUCUUCAGAUGAAGGGCAGUAUACAAAUAAUAAUAAAUAAUGGGACUAUGCAGUAGCUGGGCAUGCACUGCUUGCUCCCUCUUGCCUCCACUUGACUGUGAGGACCAUGUGGUGGUUGACCAAAGACAUCCUGUUUCCAACCCCUGUUGCAUACAGUGGUACCUCUAGUUAAGAACUUACGGUAAUUUGUUCCGGAGGUCCGUUCUUAGCUUGAAACUGUUCUUAACCUGAGGUACCACUUUAGCUAAUGGGGCCUCCCGCUGCUGCUGCCACCGCACAAUUUCUGUUCUCAUCCUGAAGCAAAGUUCUUAACCCAAGGUACUAUUUCUGGGUUAGCGGAGUCUGUAACCUGAAGCUUAUGUAACCUGAAGCGUAUGUAACUCGAGGUACCAGUGUAUUCUGUUUGCUGCUGUUUAGACUAGAGUUAAGUACAGUGGUACCUUGGGUUACAUACGCUUCAGGUUACAGACUCCGCUAACCCAGAAAUAGUACCUCGGGUUAAGAACUUUGCUUCAGGAUGAGAACAGAAAUCGUGCUCCGGCGGCGCAGUGGCAGCAGGAGGCCCCAUUAGCUGAAGUGGUGCUUCAGUUUAAGAACAGUUUUAGGUUAAGAACAGACCUCCAGAACAAAUUUAGUUCUUAACCCGAGGUACCACUGUAGUUGCAGAGGCUGAAGCAGCCUGCUGUGCUCUCUCUGGCCACAAGGUGGCAGGCGUGCAUAAUCUCUUACCUCUUACUGAAAAUUCCUGAGGAUGAGGACAGCAGCUGAGUCUACAAGCCAGUAGAGUAGACUCUUCAGAGUUGGGGAUUAAGCCACAAAGUGAUGCCCUAAUGAGCACAUGCCGGACGCUUUCUCUGGACAGAACCACCACUUCUGUGCCCUUGGACUGUAGUGAGGGCCAGGCAGCCCUUGGCCCUUCGAGCCAACUUUUUCUUAAGAAGCUUCUGAGAUUAACAGUAAGAAGCCUAAAAGAGAUGAAAUUCCAAUUCCUAAAGUUAUUCUCUCUUCUCCUGCCCACAUCAUGGGUUUUUAUGUUUGCUAUUCAUUUUGCAACCUGUUGAGAGUCAGACCAUUCGUCCAUCUAGCCCAGCAUUGUCUGCACAGGCUGGCAGAGGCUGUACAGGGUUCAGCCAGGGGGUGUUCCUAGCCUUACCUGGAGGUGCAGAGGACUGACCCUGGGACCUUCUGCAUGCAGAGCAGACGCUCUGCCACCGAGAUGUGGCCCUUCCCCCAGCGGAGGAAGAUGGCCUCAUUCUGAGCUAGAGCAGCUGCCCAUCUAGGUCAGCGGUUCUCAGCCUGUGGGUCCCCAGAUGUUGGACUACAACUCCCACCAUCCCUCAGCUCGGGCCUUGCUAGCUAGGGGUGAUGGGAGUUGUAGUUCAACAACAUCUGGGGACCCACAGACUGAGAAAGGCUGAUCUAGAUUUUGCCACACUGAUUGGCAGCCACGGCCUCCAGGGUUCAGGCGGGGCGGGGGGCAUUUCUAGCCCCACCUGGAGAUGCCACUUGGAGAUUGAACCUGGGACCUCCUGCUUCACCCCUUCUCCAUUGCCAGUGGUCCUUGCCGUUGGCAGCAGCUGCUCACAGAGGCCGGCUGAACCAGGGCUCAUGUCCCCCUGGCACUGUGAGCAGGCUGCGGGGUCUCUGUUGUGUCCAUUACAGUGCCUGUCCAGCCAGCUCUCUGGUUUGAUGAGCAGCCGCGUUUGGCCGCACAAGACAGCUGGCGAAGGGUGUGAACAAUGCCUGUGGGCCAUAAAUCAGCAGUCUGGGUGCAGAGUUGCAUACAAAGGGAAUGUGCUUGACUGUGCAGCUGGGGCUGGAAGUAGGGAUGGGGGGGGGAGCUGUCGGCUUCCAUAUCUUUUCUGUGUGUGAGUGUCUGGCCAGGAGGCAGGAUGUUCUGGUCUUGUGAGCUCAGCCCUUGGCCUUCGGGCUGCAGCUUCUCAGCUCACUUUCCCUUUCAUUGUUGCAAAAUGCGUUUGUUGUCCGUGCUCAGAAUGGCUAUACAGAGGGAACUGGGAGUCCUGGGCCAGAUCUCACUCCCAUAACGCUUGUCCAAGGUGGCUUUGCCCUUCCCUUGCCCUUGAAAGCACAUUGACUUGCAAGGCGGUUAUUCAGAAAGGUACAAAGCUUGCCCUUCCCUCUCUUGUGUCCUCGCUAUCGAGAGAAGCUUUUUAAAAAACGGGAUGGAGCAUUUUCUCCAGGCGAGAGCUGCAAGCCACCCUGCGCUGGGCUUCAGUUGGCAUUGAAGCACUCGAAGGGACUGCCAGCGUUCUCUCGUUCCGCUUUGUGGCUUUGCGAUGGCAGCUCUUGCAGCCAGAGGAAUCUGUGCUGAGGGCCAUCUCUGCCUUGCACUGGGUUUAUUGCCACCUCACUCCCUUCUCUGACCAGCAUUUCGGUCUGUGGCUUCUAACAGACAGUGGUCAUCUGGUGGUGGCAAAAGCCUGUUUGACAUCUGGCCAAGGCUGAGCUUUGUGGGCGCCACUCUUGGCCUGUGUCCUGGCACUCCCUUGUCACGAUCGAUCUGCUUGGUGGCUCCUGGAUGUGGCAGCCUUCCUUCCCCUGGGCCAAUCCAAGCUGCCGGAAGGGCUUGCGUAAGCCUUGCAAUGUAGCGCCUUGCAGUGACUCUGGGGGCUGGCUCUGCAUGGUUCCCUGUACAUUAGUCUGCCUCCUUUGGUGCCAGUGUGGUAUAGUGGUUAAGAGCGGUAGACCCGUAAUCUGGUGAACUGGGUUUGCAUCUCUGCUCCUCCACAUGCAGCUGCUGGGUGACCUUGGGCCAGUCACACUUCUCUGAAGUUUCUCAGCUUCACUCACCUCACAGAGUGUUUGUUGUGGGGGAGGAAGGAAAAGGAGAAUGUUAGUCGCUUUGAGACUCCUUAGGGUAGUGAUAAAGCAGGAUAUCAAAUCCAAACUCUUCUCUUCUCCUAUGCUGAAAAGGAGCUGCUCCUUGAAAGGGUGACGUGCAGUGGCUUCUUUCAAGUCCAGGAAGCGUUGCUUCAUUGUUCUUGCUCCUCUGGUGGGAAUGGGGCAAGAAGUGAUAAGGCUAAGAUGGAGGGAAGCAGUGGUGAUAGCAGGUGGAGGGUGGAGAAGAAGCUGUCUCUAAGCUGAGAGCCCUGGUGAGCAACAACCUCAUAAGAGAGGCCAUAUUUUGAUAUAAACAAUUGCAGAAGGGCUGGCAGAAUGGGUUCUCAGUGUGGAGCUGUGCCUGCAUUGGCAGGGGCCACAACCACUUCCUGGCUUGGGAGGCAGCAAAGGCUUUGGCCAAGCGCUCCACGGAUCCUUCUGCCUUUUGCUCUCCUCUGUCUUGGUGUGGGGAGAGAACUCCUGUGCUGCAGAAUCUCUGCUGGUCAGGGUACAGACGAUAGUGGGCUGGAUGGACCAAUGUCCUGACUCUGUAUAAGGCAGCUUCUUUUAUCAAAGGUUUGCGGAACCUUGACAUGAAGCAGGAAUGGGGAUCCUAAGUAGCUCUAUGGAUAAUGUUGGACUCCAGGUUGUGUCAGCCCCAGCCAGCUCGGCCCGUGGCCACGGAUGGUGGGAGAUGGUGGUCCAGCAAUAUCCAGAAAGUCACAGGUCCCCAUCCUUGAACUUUUGACGUGAAGCACAGUCUUCUCUACUGCAGUUAAACUCAUGAUCCUGUUGAUGGCAAGACCGGCCUUCCAUUUUCUUACCAGUCUUCUCUGGUCAGAGACAUUGUUAGGCCUCACUGUUCUGUUUUCCCCAACGGGUAUGCAUGGCUCAGUCGUUUUAUGACUUGAGGUGGGGGCUUCAGUGAUCCAGCUGAUAAAGCACUACUGGGUUCAGAUUCAAGUCCCACCUGGUUAGCCUUGGGCAAGGCCAAGUUGUGUUCCUUGCUUGCUUUCCCCAGUAUGCAGAGACAGCCUUGGUGGGCAAGAAAGCUACUGUCACUCCCAGUUUCCAGUACAAAAUCCUCGUUUCCAAGGCCAGUUGGGAAGCCUGUGACUGACCUGGAAAUUGAACCCGGUGCUUUAUCAACUAGGUCACUCCAGUGCCCUUUACAGCAGACCCAGAUCUAAAGACCUCUCUGUGUGUGUCUUAACUCUCUUGUUGACUUGGUUUGCGAUGCCCUCUUUGAGCAACCUUCUGCCUCUGUCCUUGCAGUCUGCUGAGACGCCUGGUCACCCUCAUCUCCCAGCACGCCACUGUCCUGGCUUCGAACGAAGCCUUCAAGAAGCAGGCAGAAGGAGCUAGCGAUGCGGCCAAGAAGUACAUGGAGGAGAACGACAAGCUAAAGAAGGUAUGGUCUCCUGCCUGGGCCAGAGGCACAGGGGAAGCUGCCGUGGGGCAGUUUUGACUUUGGCAGAUUGCUGCAGUGUUGUUACAAACGUGAGUUUUGAGGCUCCCCUCAGUUUUAGCAGCGGAUGGCCCUGCUGGAUGCUAGUCCCUCUGCUCUUGAGGAAACACAGGUGCAGUGGCCCCUCUGGGCAGUAGUUUGCACACUUCCACGCAUCCUCAGACUUCAGAGGCCUGAUUUAUGGGUGUAUUGGUUGGUGUCUGUAAUCCUAUAAGGCUCUGAGACUGUCUGUCACACUAUAUACCCGGUCCCCUUUUAUGGCAGUAACCUUACCCAAGGGGUUAAUCGCCCACUGGUGCCUUGUUUUUUCAGGAAUACUUGGUGGGUGACUUUGACCUACAAGAUUGCUGCACUAGCAAAUGCCAGGCAUUUGAAGCAGCUGGCAUUGCAACCCGCUCCCUCGAUAGCCUGGUGUUGGUGAGAGGCUUGCUGGCACCUAAAUAUGGAGUAUACCUCAAAAUGGGUUCAAGAUGGUGUUGGCUAACCCUCCGGUAGCCAAGGCACACUUUCUGAAUUUACAUGUGAGGCAGGCUUUGUUCCGUCCACCGCAUUUUUCUUCAGUGAAGGUGUGGGGAGGAAGAUGUAGCCCACUGUGGCCUACCUGUGACCAGCAGGUGGUCUCCUGGGGCUUGGGGACCCUUUCUUGGCACCAGGAGACAUCUGGAAUUGGACCUGGGACCUUCUGCAUGCUGAGCAGGUGACCCCUCCAAGCCAGUGUGGUGUAGUGGUUAAGAGCGGUAGUCUCAUAAUCUGGGGAACCGGGUUCGCGUCUCCGCUCCUCCACAUGCAGCUGCUGGGUGACCUUGGGCCAGUCACACUUCUUUGAAGUCUCUCAGCCCCACUCACCUCACAGAGUGUUUGUUGUGGGGGAGGAAGGGAAAGGAGAAUGUUAGCCGCUUUGAGACUCCUGAAGGGGAGUGAAAGGCGGGAUAUCAAAUCCAAAAUGCUUCUUAUGCAUUUCCUGGAAUUGCCUCCCUCCAGCGAGAGCGCAGAGGUGUUGUAGGUCAAACUCUUCUGGGCAGGGGUAUAGCGCCAUUUGCCAGAACCAGGGGUGGCGCAAAUGCUCACCAGUGGGAGUGGUGCGCAUUCGCCCAGCUCUUGCUGCUGAACGCUGCCAGGCAGGUGCUCAUGCGCCGGGCAGGGUAGGGGCACAGAGGGUGCUCUUUGCCCUUGGCACUCACCCAGCCCUCACUGCCGGAGCCAGGCAGGGCGCGACAGAGAUGCUGGUUUGCUCCCCUCCAAGAUUGUGUGCCAGGGCCAUGACCCGCCCCAUCUCCUGGAUGGCAAAUAGCUUUGCUGAUUUUUUGCCUUGAGAACACUGGGAUGAUCUAAUGAAGGAGCUAAGCUCCUCUGAAGCCUUACCUUCUGACUACUGGAAAUCUUCUUGCUUGGUUCUUUUAAAAACAAGCUCCCAAACCUUUCAGCAUCAUGCAUGGUGCUUGUGACAAUCUUGCAAAGGGAAACUAUAACUGCGGCCCUCUGAACUGGUGUUGAACUACAGCCCCCAUCAUGCUUGACUGUGGGCCAUGCUAGCUGAGGCUGAUGGGAGUCCCCCCCCCCCGAAAUAUCUGGAGUGCCAGGUUCUCCAUCCCUGGUAUAGGACAUUGUGCUCUGCCAGGAGAAAUAUUACAUGGUGGAGGUCACCAUCUCAGCACCCACAAGCAAGGUGGCACCUGGAGAGGCUUUCAUUGGUACCUUUGGGCAGGGGCUCUGGACUCUGAGCUUUCCUUUUUCUAAAGAGGCAAGUCUCUUGCCCUUCUAGACAGAGAAAUAGGAAGCAAAAUAUGCAGGUACCCCGUCUAAGAAAUUUCUGUGAAACAAGCUGGACUGACUGCUCCAACCAUAUUAGCCAAUGAGUUGCUUGGACACCAGUUAUUCCUGUGGUCUAAAGAGUUGCUGUUUCCCCUUCCUCUUCUGUGUUCUUUUCCUGCUUCAGACUUCUUUCCAGGUCAUUGGAAUUCCUGUAGUUUCCAUUCCUUUUCCCGAGCAACCAGGAUGCAUUUUUCCUGUGAUCAGUUUUUAUGAGAUCAGGGUAGUCCCUAGGAAUCAUUUUCUGCAAAUAAUACUACACAGUGAGUGAGUGUGGGUGCGUGCUAUGGAAUCCCUCCUCCCCACCGAAGGCAAAGGUUAGAACUUUGCAACAGGCUGCGCCAUCUCUCCUUCUGUGUGGGAGAUAAGAAUUCACUGCAGUACAAUUGUGCACAUGUCUACUCAGACGUAACACAGGAGGAAAGUGUAGUUUGGUUGGCCAGUCGCUGCACCUCUCAACGGCAAACUUUCAUUGAGACCAGAAACUGUUGCUUUAGGGUGGCUGGGUGUUUUUCAGUGUGUGUUUUUGCAAGCUUUUGAAUUGUAGAGUUCACUGUGCAUUUAUUUUUUGAAAAACAAAACAGCGUGUGUAAGCUGGCAGCAAUGGAAAGGCACCCCGAUGAAGCAGGGCACUGUGUAGUCUUGCACUUAAAUGAUGAAAGCGGUAAUAACCAGUCUGCACUAGUGAUUUUGCACCCUUCUACUCAAGCACAGAUGCCCAAGGCCUCUUCACACCCGUCUCGCCCUGAGGGAACAAGUUCCCAAAUACCUUGGGUUGCGAACGCUGCAGAUUACGUCUUUUCAGGUUGCGUCCCGCGGCGACCCGGAAGUACCAGAAAGGGUUACUUCUGGGUGUCGCCACUCGCGCAUGCGGAGAUGUGCAAAAUGACAUCAUGCGCAUGCGCAGAUGUGGUGAAUUGCGACCCGCACAUGCGCAGACGCGGGUUGCAUUCCUUUCAGGUUGCGAACGUGGCUCCGGAAUGGAUCCCGUUCGCAACCAGAGGUACCACUGUAAUGUCUGAAAAGUUUGUAAAACCCUGACACCUGAAAUAUUUUGUUUCCAUCUGCUUCCCCCUCCGCCUUGCAAAAGAAAAAGAAAAGAAAAGGGUACCUGGCAGCUUCUAAGUCCCCUAAACAUAGGCUUGCUAAAUAGUCCCACAAUCUUUACAGCUACAAGGCCUUGAAACUUCUGAGAACCUCGGCUUUGCUUCAUAAGAAUCCUGAACUAGAUCCCAGGUCUUCCCCACCCCCUCCUCACAUGGAGAGUGCGGCUGUGAAAGGCAAGCUCUGUCGCAUGGCAAGUGUGUUGGAGUUUCUGGGAAUUCACGGCAGCUGCAGCUUCUAAUGCAGAAUCCAGAUUUCCUUAGAAAAUAAAACAAGAGCAGGCUUCCUUCCACCGCAUGAUGGACAAAACAGGUGAAAGUGCCCCUGCAUUCUCAAGUUUCAGCUUUGGGGGGUGGGGCUCCAACCUGGGGGCAGCUCCCUUUCAUUCAAUUUCUUUCUUUCCUUUGCCAGCUUUUCUCCUCUGAGGCCCAGCCCUACUUUCUGUCCUCCCUAACCAAUAGAACUAAGCAUGGAAAUUCAUGGAAUUUCCAUUUGCAGCGGGGUAAGAGGCCUCACAUUUGCCUGUGUACCAAAGAGCCUUCAAACCUUAUGUUUUUUAAACCACCACCCGCCAUAUGGGGCAGGCAAGCCCCAUCACGCUGGGUUGACAUGAGGGCACUGCCUUAAAUAUGGCAAUAAUUUUUAUGGAGUCAAAUAAAUAAGGACUGUGCAUUAGCAAGACAGCCUUGACCCUCUGGAUAGUAGGGUGGUGGUUGAAUGUAUCAGCUUUGGUGUGUCUUCAAUCUGUAGCCAUAAACAGGAUGCAAAGAUAAAAAUGCAAACCUUGCUCAAGGGUGGUGAUUAUGACUUGGGCUUUUGAUAGUGCCCCAGUCCCUUGCAGCUGUUUUUGGAGAGCUCUUCUCUCCCCCGUUCUCUGGCACUACAGACUGGCACAGCUAGAGAUUGGCUUGGAAUGGACUUUUCUAUUCCAGUUAAAACUUAUCUCUUGUGAGGGAUGUGGCACUCUGGUUUGGGAGGAAAUUUCCCCUUUUCUCACUCAUUUUCAUAGAACCUUAGAAUUGUAGAGUUGGAGCAUCCUGCAAUGAGCCAGGAUGCUCAUUGCAAAAAAAUUGGAAAGGGGAAAAAAUACCACCAAUAAAAGAAUGGCAAAUGAAAUUUUGUGAAUAUAUUUGGCAAGAUUCACAGCAUUUUUAAGGGGACAGUCGGACCAAAAAUUAGUAAAAGAAUGGGAUUGUGUUAAAGAAUAUAUGAAAAAACAUUGUUCUGGAGUAAGUAUAUCGGGAUGUAAGGAAUGAAGCUUUGCAGGGUUAAAGAAAUUGAAAAAUGGUCCAAGAGGUAUAAAGAUAGAGGUAAUCUGCACUAGACACAACAAUACAGAAUGAUUAAAAACUAUGAGGUCUCAGAACAAAGGAAGGAAGUCAAUAGUAACGAUUAGUAUGACGAUACAGUUUUCUUUGUAGGUGUGAUUUUUCUUUUUCUUUUUUCAUCUUUGUUUUGCUUUCCUUUCACCCCCGGCCAUUAGAUAUGCUGACUGGGGCUGGUGUUAAUCCCUUACAGGCUUCAUUUGGACUAGCUUAACAGCAUGUGAAGGGGCCACAACGAACCCACCCUAACCUAGAGGGAGGUGGGCAGAUCACUUUCUUGAAUGCUGGCCCUGUUGCAGUAUGUCUUGGGAGGGGAGUGCAAAGAAGAUCAAGUGAAUGCAGAAGCUUCUCUAAAAACUGGCUAUGUACACAUGAUUCCCCCCCCCCAAAAAAAAGAAUACUGGGAACUGUAGGUGCUGGGUGUUGGGAAUUGUAGCUCUGUGAGGGGGUGUGCUACAGUUCCCAGGACUCUGGGGGACGUCAUGUGCUUUCAAUGUGUAGUGUGUACUCAGCCCAUAUUCCUGGCUGCUUAAGGCCAGCCAAGUUGGAGGGAACUGUGUAUUCUAAAGACAACGGGAACUGGUCGAACUUCUAUUCUUGUUUGAUUAAGGCAGUUUUAUAAACAGCCCCUUCUUGGGUGUGGCAGGUCAGUCUCUUCAAGGUAACCAGGCAGGGGAGUUUUAACAAAGGAUUCUGUGUCCUUCAUUUUGGCCACCAAUUACUUGGUAGAAAAGGAAGAGUUUGGAUUUGAUAUCCCACUUUAUCACUAUCCUAGGGAGUCUCAAAGCGGCUCACAUUCUCCUUUCCCUUCCUCCCCCACAAGAAACACUCUGUGAGGUGAGUGGGGCUGAGAGACCUCAAAGAAGUGUGACUAGCCCAAGGUCACCCAGCAGCUGCAUGUGGAGGAGCGGAGACGCGAACCCGGUUCCCCAGAUUACGAGACUACCGCUCUUAACCACUACACCACACUGGCUCUCACAUUGAUGUGUGAACUCAAAGGCUGAUGCCAACACAUUCAAUGACAUAAGCUUCCAUUGAUUUCAGUGGGUUACUCUGAGCAUGAUUGAGAUUGGACAUUGCCUAUAGCAGGGGUGGCCAACUCCCAAGAGACUGCGAUCUACUCAUAGUGUUAAAGACUACCCCCAUUUUUGGGGUGGUGCAGGUCAAAGUUGUUGAGCUUUUUAUAGGAAGAGAGGAGAGAGGGGGGCCCUGUUUUGGGGGGGGCUGCAAAAAAUGCCGAGCUUUUUUUGGAGGAGCAAAACUUUUUGAACUUCUUUUCGGGGGGGAGCCAGUGAUCUACCGCAGAUGUGCAGUGAUCUACCAUUGAGGAUUUCUACCUUUUCAGAUUGUCACAGGAGAGCUGGAAUAAUGUGUUGUAGCUGGUGGGAAGCAAUUACACAGCCUUUGAAGUUGGUUGACGGAAUAGUGUCAUCCUGCAAAACACAGGCAUGAGCAGAUGCACACUUUCUACAUCUCCAUAUAACGGCUGCAGAACACAAGGGAGGAUAUUUUUAGGUUGCCAUUUUGAAAGCAGUUUGAAUUUAAGAAUCCAUGCAUGUUGUAACUUCUGUGAAAGGAGAUUCAGUGGCCCUUGAAGUGGCAAUGGAGCAGUUGUAUGUGCGACACAGUUGAAUAUUUGUGUAUUUUGAAUCUCGUUUCUGUGUAUAUAUACAUAUAUAUAUAUAGAGAGAGAGAGAGAGAGAGAGAGAUGUGGUAUACAACAUGAGAAUAAAAUCAACAAAAUGUCCAUGAAAGCAUAAACACAGAUAAAACACCAGUCAACCCUGAUUUGUUAAAGAGAAUUCAUAUUACAAAGAUCUGGCUUAGAAUGGUAUGGUUUUCAAAAGACAUCUGGGCUAGUUCCUGCAAAACAUCUACGGGCAGGGAGUUCCACAGGGCAGCGCCUGCACCACUAAAGGUUUGGUCCCUUUUACUUGAGCAAUGGAGAGAAGCAAGGGGUUUCCAGAAAUGGAGGGCACAGGAUAUAAACACACUUGAGGACCUUGCUGGAUCAGGCCACCCAGGACGACUCCCCUGCUCAGUGCCUGAGGGCCCCAGCCUUGCCACUCACCAACUGGCCUAGGGUGGCGCUUGACGGGCUCCAUCAAGGACUGCUGGCGCCGCUGCUGGGCAGAGAGGGCUCCGUUUUUCUUUUUUUAAUUGCUGUUAUUUUUUACCUAUGUCAUUUCAAACUGAUAUUAAUGCUGUAAUCUUAGUUUUAGAUUUUGAUUUAUGUGGAAGUUGUUUUCCAUUUGGUUGUGUAUUUUUGAUGUGGUUUACAGUGGUACCUCGGGUUACAUACGCUUCAGGUUACAGACUCUGCUAACCCAGAAAUAGUGCUUCAGGUUAAGAACUUUGCUUCAGGAUGAGAACAGAUAUUGUGCUCCGACAGCGUGGCAGCAGCAGGAGGCCCCAUUAGCUAAAGUGGUGCUUCAGGUUAAGAACAGUUUCAGGUUAAGAACAGACCUCUGGAACAAAUUAAGUACUUAACCCGAGGUACCACUGUAUUUAUUGUUUAUGAAUUAUGUAAAUCUUGUCAUGUUGUAAGCCGCCUUGAGCAUUGUUUUUAACUGGAAAAGCGGCAUAAAAAUAAAAUGCUGAUGAUCUCACAACCAGAUGCUUUUUGGAAGUCCAAAAGCAGGACCGGGCACAGCAGCAGCCUCUCAGGCCGCCUGGCUCACUGCCUGUGUCAGUGGAGGCAGAACGUAGACAUUGUGGCUUUGAUAGGCUCCAUUCUCCAUGAACUUGUCUUUUAAAGCCUCCCAGGUUGGUGGCUGUCAAUACACCUUGUGGUAGCGGAUUCCACAGUUUUAACUGUUCUGUGUGAAGAAGCGCUUCAUUCUGGUCUGUGCUGAUUUUCCACCCAGCUUCAGUUGCUGUCGUGUCGUGUGCCACAGGCUUGGGCAUCUCUCUCUGCUCUGAAGGUCUUGUAUAACAUUUUUUCUAUACAUAGCAUUGCUAAUGUCAGGCUGUCGCUUUUGUGCUUGUCAUGCCAGUGCUUGCAAUCACAACUGCUUCUUCUCAUAUAAGACGAACCAUGAUUGGAGAAAGCUUGUGCAACUCCCCCCUCCCAAUGGAGGCUCAGUUUGAGGAUGAAAGAUUCUCCUCCUCACACCCCCAUGCCUUGUCUUUUCAGCAGCCAUUUCUCUCUUCCAAAAUCUCAGGUUUCUCUUUGCCUAGUAAAAUGUCCCCUUUUCUGUCCUGGGCUUAUCCACUCCCUUUGCACUGCCCAGAAGCAACGUUCGUUGUUUCAUACACUCGCGGUUGGCAUUUCCAGGGGUGUGUAGGCAGUAUGCCUAUUGUUUGACUGGUUAUUAUGGGAUACUUUCCUUCAGGGAUUUUUCCAAAGUAAGAAAUGUUAGGAGAACGACAGGAUUCAGGGUGGCAUUUCAUAUGCAUCAAAAAAAGGGAGAAAGUGAUAGGAUGGAAAUGAGGUGGCUGGGAAGUUUGUGGAACAUGGCAUGCGAGUCUCUCACCUAAUCCAACCACAGGCUGUGCGUGAGAGGCAGCUGUCUCCCUGCUCCUUGGAGGCAAAAGGAUUUUGGUGGGAGCUGCUGCCUGGCAAUAGAAAAGGGCAAGAGCCUAAAUCAUCCUAGUUGGAAAACUUUCGUAAGCCACUUCUUGAGAGCACCUCCGGGCUAUAAAGCAAGAUACAGGUAUUUCAAAUGGGGCAUUUUAUCGUGUAAAAAUGAAAUUGCCCAGAGUCCUCCAAUAGGUAGACCCCAGGUCAAACCUUUCUUCAUCCAUGAGCUUCUUGGUUGGUCUUGGGCAGGCCUCACUCUUAAGCUUCCCCAUUCUCAUAUGAGGAUUGUUUGUGCAGUGGUGUAGCAUGGGUUGCCAGUUCCUGGGGCCACACGGGGGGGGGGGGGAGGAGGGAAACGGAUGCAUGUGCAUUCAACUGCCUAAUGGCAUCCGUGUCACCCAGGAGAUCACAGAGAGAUGUAGAGUCAUUUCAUUAUCUGGAGAGGUCACUUCCUGAGUCGCAUGGGAAAGCUGUUUUCAAUGGAGCCCAGUGGUGGAAGCAUGCAGCUGUAUAAUGAGGCAGCAUCUGGUGUUCAAAUUUUGUGCCCGGGGAGUUUGCCCUUGUGGACCCCCCCCCCCCAAUGCUAAACCACUGCAUCUGUGUUUGCAAACCUGAUGGCUCUGCAUACUUGAUGACUUGGUUGCUAAGCCAUUCAUUACUGCAGCAGGAAGGGCCCAGUCCUUGACCUUCAAAGCCCGAGGACAGGGAUUUUGCCCCUUGCCCAAGGUUCAGCCUCAGAGCAGGAGAGGGGUAGAGGCGUCGUCACUAUAGUUCUUCUCCUCUUGGGAAGCCCAGCAUCAAAUGGGUACCAGUUUCUGCGAGGUUUCUAGCUCUCAGGUUGGAAGGAAACAUGGAGACUUGUCAUGCUCAGCAGAUGUGUAUUUGCCAUGCCAAGGGAAAUUGUAGACCUCUGAAUGUCAUGCUGACCAUCCCUUUAGAGCAGAAGUUUUCAACCUUUCUGAGCCUGUGGCUCCCUUAAACAACUGCAUUCUUUCUGUGGCACACCUGUGGGGCUCAGGAGCCCAGUUAUGUCACUCCUUGUCUGCAGUGCUGGCAGCCUCUCACACUUUUUCAAACACCCUCCCUUGUGGAGCGUUCCCUCAGCCGCCUCUCCUCUCCUCUCCCUCUCCUUGGGAGUCCUCCAGGCAGCCGCUUCUGCUGCCCCUGGUCUCUGAGCUAAAGAGGAAUCCCAAAAUUGCUUCUUCAGAUUCUGCAAUAGUGGUUUGCCUAUCUAGUAUUUUUGGCUGUGUCAACUGUCCUAGAAAUGGGUUGACACUGAAGUUUUGCAAGGUAGGUUAGGGAAAAGGGUCAGGAGAGAAGCCAGCUGACCAUGUACAGGACAGGGGUUUGUCUGUACACACACAUUAAGUCUUGUGUCAAGCUAUUUCUCAUUGAUGGAUUGAUUUCUCCUGUGUCCUCAAACCUUCUCUCCUUCUUCUCAUUCAGCAACUUCAGCAAGCAGGGGUGAAAGUAACAGAUCUGGACACCAAAGGCGCUGCAGGUGAAGAAGAGAGUAAAGCACUGCAGGGUGAAGUGAAAAAACUGAAGGAUGAGCUGGCCUCCACAAAGAAAGGUGAGAGACUUGGUGGAGUAUGUUUAGCCCAUGCCCCCUCCAGUCCUGGCUGUAAAAUGACCUUGAGUGGUAGAUGCCACUGCCCAGUAACUUAUAGGGAAAGGGCAUAACCUAUUAGAGACCCUGGACUAUCCCUCUCCCCCCACAUCCCAGUUGUGUACAGCUGGAUCAUCUGGGCUAGAUGCCGACGAAAGGGUGAUACACCAUCUAUUUAUACUUCUAGAACUGUACAGCCAUGCGCCUUCCUCAUGUACAAUCUCAGAGUUCUGCCCCCCCCCUCUCCUGCUUAAAAAUACUUCACUUGGCAUCAGACUUUGGGAAUAGAUGGACCAAGCCCUGAAGAGUUUGUUUGUAAACACUUUGGUUCUCUAUAGUUGUGAGGAUGCUGUUUUCCUUGCUCUACAAAUCAAUGUCUUUAGUUAUUGAAAAGGGAAAUGAUGAUGGGGACCACUAAUUGGUGGACUCAGGUCUUCAAAUCUGAAUGUUUGGGCACUGCACACACUGGCAGGUUUGGGACUUCUUUACACCUUCUUUGUCACAACUCCCAUCAGUCCCAGCCUGAUGACCAAUGCCCAGGCAUGGUGGGAGUCCAGCAGAACCACAAAUUCUCCAUUCCUCUCUCUCCUGUCCCAGUUAACAUGCAGCAUAGGCUGAUGUAGUGGCACUUGCUCACAUUGGUCCCAGGUAGCCUCCUGCGAAGUGGUUGAUUCUGGCAGCAGCAUAGGUGAUGCUGCUCUGAGCUGUGGCGCACAGUCACGUGGAAAGUUCUCCUGCAUAAGCUCCACUGGAAUAGGUGGGAGAUGUGUGAGAGCACAGUCACUUAGUGGGAAGGGAAUGCUGCUGUUUGGUGCUGUUGGCACCAUACUUCACCACUGCUAAACCCUCCCCUCCUCUCCCUGUGUCUCCUCCACAGUCAAAUGUAUUUAUUUAUUUAUUUGAUUCAAUUGAUGAAUUGCUUCCCAUAAAAUAUAUUGAUCUGAUUUCAUAGUAGAGACAAUCAAACAAUUCUGUAUGUAAACUAUAUUAUACUGGCAAGCUCAUACCCAACAAUGAUUGGGAAUGCUAAGAAACAUCAUCAAAUUGAGUGCAAUUUUGAAAUCAGUGGUUAAAAUCCACACUGUUUUGUAAGAUUCAGCCUGCCAUCUUGAUUCAGAUUGGCAUCCAAUAGAUGAAAAACCCGUUACUUGACCUCAAGAACCAUAAUGCAAAAUUGGAUUACGGUAUCUUCACAGUGUCCAGAUGCAUAGGAAGCAGACAAACGAUUUUCCAGGUGUCCUCCAAUAAAAUUGUUUGUAUGUCUACUAUAAUUGUUUGUAUGGUAGAUACGCCAACAAUUUAAAACCAAUUCUGUGUGUGAAAAGAACUCCAACUCCAAUACAACUCCAACUCCAAAUAAACGUUGCAAGCUUUUUUAGGGUAGCAGGGCAGGGUCUUUGCACAUUACUCUAAAACCUUGGCAAUGACAUAAUGGGAUACUCUCUCCCCUCAUGCUGCAUGUGUUUGAAAAAAAACCCCACACACACUCGGGGGGGGGGGGGGCUCCAGUUCUCAGUUGCAGUAUCAACCAGUCUGAGCAGCUUCUCCAGGGCUCAUUUCCAGGGCUGGCAAACUAGAGGGGUUGACAUCAGUGCUGGAGGAAUCCUGGAGCUGGGAAGUUUUGGGUGUCAAUUGCCCUUCCGACCUUCUCAGUUCUUGGUGGGCUUGUGUAACAUUCCCAGCUUCUCUUUGACUCCCCCUUCCCAUGUGAAUGGCACAGUGGUCAGGCAGGACUGUAACUGGUUGUGUACUGUGCAACACCAGGCACACAAGAAGUGCUCAAUAUACCUUUUAAGUUGGUUGAAUUAUUUAAGGUUCUUGAAUUGUUAUUUUGUGGCUCAGAUUUCUUUCUUUGGGGGGUGCAGGGGGUGUUUGGCUGUGCAUGCCUGAGUUGAACUGAUCUCUUGUCUCUUCUUCCAGUGUGACCUCUUUUUUUUAUAGCUGUUGUAAGGGGUGCUGCGUUUUGUUCCUUCUCUCCAGUCUAACACCCAAAUGGUGCUAAUUGUUAAGCCACAGAAAAGCUGCCAAAUUUGGCACAACUUGUUCUUCUGGCCCAGAAGCCCUCUGUUUCUUUAGCAUGGUGGUCUUCCACAAGGGAAGUGUCCCAUGUGCUGGAUCAGGCCAAUGGCCCAUUUUUUCCAGCAUCCUGUUCUCUCAGUGGCCAACCAGAUCCCUGUGGGAAGCCUCCAAGCGGGACCUGGGUUCAACAGCAGCCCUCUCCCCUAUUGUGAUUUCCAGCAACUGGCAAUGGAAGUGAAAUGGCCAUGAUGGCUAGCAGUCAUGGAUAGGCUGAUCCUCCACAAACUCUUUUAAAGCUGUCCAAGAUUGUAGCCAUCACUACUUCUCAGGGGAAAUAAUUGAAUAGCUUAACUAUGUGCUAUUUGAAGCCAGUGAGGAAAGUGAAGGAAGGAGCAUCUUCCCAGUUUUCUCUGAGUCCUCCUUAAGGAUCCUUUCAGGUCUGCAUCUGACAAAAACCAGCCUUGGGUGUCCCUCUCUUCCAGUGAUGCUAAUGCUAUCAUGGGAUGUGCGCCAGUUGCUCUCUGACUGUCUGCAUCCGGAGCCUUGAAGUGCAGGAAGUGCAGCUUGCAUUUGGCGCCAAAUGCAAGCUUCAGAAUGGAUCUGGUCCCAGAGGGGCUUGCACUUGGCAGACUAAAUUUAAAUUCAGCGCUGACCACGAGCUCGACUUUCGGCACAGAUUGGCUCUGCUUGGAAAACUCUGCUGUGCCAUUGAUGGCCAACAUGCAAAAGGCCCUGAAUGCAAGCUCCUCUUGCCAAGGAGCAACUGAGAGUGCACCUUUAGGCUCCCAAUUGUUCUUUUGCAGAUGUGGCUUUACCUGCACCACACCUGAAGUCAUAGGUGACUCCAGGUGUGGCAGUAACUACCCUGUGGGCCCAAUCAGGGCCUCUGGUGGCUCUGAUUUGUUGUGUGGGCUGGAGGUUCCCCUCCCAUGAUAGGUUGUAGGAAUCUUAAGAAGCAGAACUGGAAGUGACUCAGGGAAUUGUUUGGGUUACGGUUCUGGUUCUCCGCUCCCGCAAUAAAACACUGGUGAAUGUUAGAGGUGAUUUGGACCAGGGAGCACAGUCCUAAUGCAGAACAAAAAAUUGGAUGAGAGCUUAUUGAGAAUAGUUGAAAUGUGCUUGUGGUGACAUGAUCCAAUCAGUUAUUUCAGGCUUGCCUAGUACUAAUUACACUCUAGAACCACCAUCCAUGUCUUUGAGCGUUACUUUUUAAAAUUCUGUCUAUGCUGGUGGUCAAGCACAAACCCUGCAGUGGGCAAACUGGCAAUUGAGAAGCAGCCUAGCUUAUUGUCCAGUGAUCUCAACUGUGAAGACCAAGAGGGAAAUAAGUGGCCAAGCAAAUUGACAUAUAGGUUACGGGACAAGGAUAACUAUGACUUUAAGGAUGAAUGGGAACCUUUACAAAGUAUUUGAAGACGCAACAAAGCGAACUGGACUCCUUGGCAGGUUUUAAAUAAACAUUCACAAUUUUUUUUACUGAUAAUAAUUAGCUAAACAGUUUGAAGAUCUACACAAUUCUGUAACAUGCAGAAAAUAGCGUUAUUGGAGAAACCAAAGACUGGAACUGAGGGAAGUCGGGGGGUGGGGUGGGAGGAUGGGUUUUGUGGGGGGAGGGGGAGGGAGGAAAACCGGGGGCCAAUAAGGAUAUGUUUUUGGAAAAUAUGUUUUGUUAUAACUUUGAAUAAAUAAAUUUUUUAAAAAAGUUAUUUUGUAAACUGUCCUAUGAUCUUUAGAUCAAGGCAGGCAUACAAAUUUUAUUAAGUAAGUGUUAGAAAUCAAACUACUCACCUCAGUCCUUUCAUGGAGUUGGAAGUCAGAGGAAUGAACUUGGUGGAAGAUCACAGCUCCUCCUCUGAUCCAAAAGUCUGUGGUUUUCUGUUCCUGGAAAACCAGGAUCUGCAGUGAUCCAUUUUUUACACACAGACACAUGCAUGUGACUUGGCUUGCUGUUGCCUGAUUAUCUGGGUCAGUUGGGAUGUGUAGAGAUUGCUCUAACCUGUGCUUUUCUUCCCCCUUUACCCCCCAGCCCUGGAAAAGGCAGAGAACGAGGCCCUGGCUAUGCGCAAACAGGCUGAAGGACUGACCAAGGAGUAUGACAGACUGAUGCAUGAACACACCAAGCUCCAGGUGCCAGGGGAGGGAAGUGGGGUUGCAAAUAUCUGUUCUGAGGUGGGAGGGAGUCAAGAGGGGCCUGGCUGGCACCUGCAUGAGGCAACUGUUGUGUCUGGAUGGGCUAUUCCAAAACUCUAAAAACCGGUCCUCUCCCUGGCUUCUACGGGUUCCAGCUUGAGCUGGUGUUUUGCUCCAGGAAGAGCAGUGGUGUUUGUGUUCUAGGGCAGGGCAAGAAGAAGGCAGUGGUGGUGGUGUGAUGAGGGGUUUGGGGCUCAAAAAUCCUUUAAAAAAAGAAAAAAGAGAGAGUGUUUGUCCCAUGAGUACUGUGGCUGCUCUGGGAAUGUGAGGGUCGUCGAUGCCAGCCUUCCCCAGCCUGGUGUCCUUCAGAUAUUGUCGGUCUACAGUCCCCAUCAUCCCUAACCAUUGGCCAGGCUGGUUGGGGCUGGUGGGACCCCAAGAAGAUCUGGAGGACACCUGGUUGCAGAAGGCCAAUCUGCUUGGUUUUAAGAGAAGGAAGCUUCUUGGUCUUCCUCUUUUCCCCAGCUUCGGGGGGGGGGGGCUCCUCAUUCCAGCCUUCACUUGAGUGUCCUGUGGACAUUCCUCCUUGAAAGAGAGGUGGCUUCCCAGUUACCAGAAUGCAUAAAUAAGGGAAGAAUGGGGUGACGCUCAAGAAGUAAGGUUUCGGCUGCGGUCGGCCCUUACAAUGGUUGAGAGGGAGGCACCCCAAAUAAAACCUCCUUUUUUCUUGCCCUGUGCUUUGUUCCUUGUUGGAUUUCAGCUGUGUGUGAGGUGGUGAGUCCAGCAUGGUCACUCCUGCUGGGCAAAGCCAGUUUUGUGAACAAAUCUUCCUCCAGAUGAGGGCAGCUGGGGAGUCUUCUGAAGUUUCAGCUGUAACUGAAAAUAAAUGCGUGUCUUGCCGUUGUUUAAGCUUUCAGGGAAAGCAGGAGCUGUGUCCCUGCUGCUUCUAGUCCUACAACCCAUGAUUACCUCCUCAGGGGUGUGCUCUCUUCCCCCACCCCCACCCCUUGCACCCCAAACCUUUUGACUGUGCAUCAGAUAUCCUUAAAAGUUAGCAAGAGCCUUCCACAAGUUCUGGAAUCUUGUUGCUGACAGAAUCAUAGAAUCAUAGAGUUGAAAGAGACCACAAGGGCCGUCGAGUCCAACCCCCUGCCAAGCAGGAAACACCAUCAGAGCACUCCUGACAUAUGGUUGUCAAGCCUCUGCUUAAAGACCUCCAAAGAAGGAGACUCCACCACACUCCUUGGCAGCAAAUUCCACUGUCAAACAGCUCUUACUGUCAGGAAGUUCUUCCUAAUGUUUAGGUGGAAUCUUCUUUCUUGUAGUUUGGAUCCAUUGCUCCGUGUCUGCUUCUCUGGAGCAGCAGAAAACAACCUUUCUUCCUCCUCUAUGUGACAUCCUUUUAUAUAUUUGAACAUGGCUAUCACAUCACCCCUUAACCUCCUCUUCUCUAUCUUCUCUGACAGUCUCUACCUUCAAGAACAUACAUCCUUCCAGUCCUUGAAUGUGUUGCAGGAGGUUUCACAUUUGUGCAUACAGUGGGUGCUUCUGAACCUCCCCCUUCUCAGGGUCCCCCGAAAGUCGCCACCCCUGUAGCAGGAAGAAAGGAGUAGUCGGUCUUUUAUUUUUUGGGUGUGUGUGUGUGUGAUUAUGUUGAUGAGUUGCUUUGGUACAUUAAUGGAGCUUCUUUCUGCAUUCUUAAGGGAGGGCUUUGAAUCUGUUGGAUUACAGCUGUCUUCUGCCGCAGACCCGCCUUCUCUCCUACCCUGUGUCACUGGUUGGCUAGGUUUAAAUGGCCAGCCCACAACAAACACAGCAUACACACACACACGUAUAAAAAUAAUCCAGCUUUCGUUGCCAGGGUAACCUAAUCUGCACACAGUGGCUGAGAGAAGCUGCCCAGCCUUGGUUGCGGGUUUUUUACUCCAGCCUCUCCCAUUCGCGGAGUACCAGCCAGGGGGAGGAUCUUGGCAGCGCCUGGGAAUCUUGCCCGGUAAACAACCCUCCACGUUUCUCUCUGCACGUAAGCAGCAGGUCACAAGACGCUGCCUCACCUGGGAGCUGAUAACAGGUGGGCGGGGAGGAACAAUGCUGGGCCUGGCACCACCUCAAGGAAGCGCGGAAGGGGCUGGGCCCCUCACUGCUUGGGUUUUAAAACAAGACUUGAGGCAGCACUGCCUGCAGAGAUGUGGAGGAUGUUUUUCUUUUCCCCAGACUGGACUUAAACUCAGGAGUGAAGGACUAUAUACAAGUUCAUUAACAGCAGUUUGGGACUGGGAUAGUGAUGUCUGGUUCAUAGAUAUCAACUUUCAGAUUUGAAAAUAAGGCAUCAGCAGCCUCACCUGUCCUGGGGACAGUCUACGGGAUAUCUAACAAUCCGGGAUAGCAGCGGGAAACGGCGCUGGAAUAAGGGAAUUUCCUGCCAAAAAAGGGAAAGUUGACAGCUAUGGUCUGGUUAUCAGAGGUGGGAAACCUCAGGAACAGCCUCCCAAGUAUUGUUUUGGGACCAAAUGAUAUUUUCUAGUAGAUCUUAGGAGGAGGUUUCUCUGUGUGUCACUGUCCUCUCCAGAAGCUUACUGGCAAUUCGGAAAAUAUUCCCCCCCCCCUUCAGUCACAAUCUUGUGAUGGCCCCCUUCCCAAUUCCCAUGCUUAACCAGCCCCUCUUGUUAUCCAAGGCUGCGUACACACCUUGCGUUUAAAGCGCAUGGCUUCCCCCAAAGCAUCCUGGGGACUGUGGCUUGUCAUCGGCACUGGGAAUCGUAAUUCUGUGAGGAGUAAACUACAGCUCCCAGGAUUCUUUGAGGGGAUCUCUGUGCUUUAUUUGUGUGGUGUGUCCACAGCCAUAGUCCCCAUUGGGCAUUCCAGGAAGCCUCCCUUGGGGAAUGCACCUGAUUGCUUGCACAGUUCUCCCAUAGCUAGUGACCAUGGGUUUGUCCCUUUCGCUCUAGAAGUUUGCAGUUGGGGAGGGUGGUUCUGGAAGGCUUGACUGGGCUCCAGACAGUUUGCAUGAGCCGCGUCUUCUGCGUUUUGCUUGCUCUCUGCUCCAUGGUGGAGCUUGGGUGGGUUGGACAGGGACAGCAACCGCCUCUUCUUUCUUAGUCUUAGGAUGAUAAAAAAAAAAGUUUCAAGGUUCUGUUGUAACCCAUGCUGAGUAAGCCACCUGCCUCCAGGGCUUAAUUACCCCCCACGCAGCAUCUUUCUGGAUUGCAAUGGGCGUUGCUCUGAAUAUCCUCAUUCCAAUCCCUUCUCAUCCCCAUGCUCCCUUCAGCCCACAAGUCCUUACUGAGCUCUGUCUUGGCUUUGCCUGUGUGCUGCAACCACCUGCUUUCCCCCUCCCCUCCCCAGAGCUGGUGUGAUCCGGCUGCCAAGACUCAGUAACAGUGUGCCUUGCCAGCUGCUUAAAAAUAGGAUCUCAGUGUUGUUGCUAUUCUGAUGGCUCUGCAGGAUGGCACUGCUGAGGAAUGGCACCCUCCUGUUUCUAAAGCGCCAGUGUGCCUUUGGGUACCUAGGGAAGCAGAGAUGUCCUUGCCCUGGGAGGAGGAGGGUAGGGACCUUUGCAGCUACUCACAUGCCCUUGAGCAUUGUUCCUGGGUGGUGAUUGGAGGCUCUCAUGUUGGCCUUUCCUUAAGGCUGCCUUCCCCAACCUGGUGCCCUCCCAUGAGCCCCAGCACAGCCUUCUAGAAGGCACCAGGAUGGGGAAGGCCAUGUUGAGGAGGUGUGGGUGCAAACAGCAGCAUUCUCGGCUGGUGUCUUGGGAACUCUGUUCGAAGCAUGUUUUCAAAGGGAGGGGAGAACUAAGUGGCGGCAAAUGCUAAACAGUGCGUGGGAACUCCUCUCUGCAGUGAGGUAUCCUGCUGAGCUAAUAUUUCACGCACAGCUCUUCAUCUUUGCUGCCAUCAUACUCCAAAGCACCCUGUACUGCAGGCUGGCAUGGUUCGCUCUAGAUACUGUUGAGCUUCAGCCCCAGCCAGCAUCGCCAAAGGUCAGGGAUGAUGGUCCCCUGUACAGGGUGCUGAUAGACUGCUCUGCAUCUUGCCCGGACAUCAAAAUUAGGGGUGCAUUGGCCUUUCUGCUCUACUUCAGUUGAGCACUACCGCAGCCCUUCAAAGGGAGAAUUUGCAGGGUGGAGGGUGAGGAGGAGGAAGACGGGAUUCUGAAUGGGCAGCAGAAUCCAGGACGGUAUCUGAACCUGUGUUAGCUGGCGAUUUCUGGCAUCUGCUUAGCUUGGUAGGAGUGUUGUGGGCCGUAGCUACUGUUAGUUUGUUUUGCUUCAUGCAGCUAUUUGCCUUCGUGGCCAUUCUGGGCAGCUUUCUCCAGGUUGCAUUCCUGUAGGGAGCUGGGUGGUCUUCCCCCUCCUUGGGCUGUGUAAGCAGAUCCCUCCCCCUUGGGUAGGAUUGCAGUGCUAAGGGCUGACUAGUUGGCAGAGAGGCAGAAUGUUGCUACUGCAGCUGCUGUCCCUCCUAGACAAUUGAGCUCUGCACUUGGGCACAGGAUAGAAUUGCAUUGAAGUCCCUGGCCAUCUGUGGAGGCAGGGGUGGGGGCAGCAUUUCUGCUAAGGCAAAACUGUAUUUUCAGAAGGACUGUUGAGAAUGCCUAUUUGCCCCUCAAGUUGCCAUUACUGCGUGGAGUAGCAGUAGAUGAUAUCCUUUCAGCCACGUGGUUCAGCCUUGUGGAAUUUGUGGAGAUAUGUGUGUCUCAAGAUGCCUGGGGCUAAGACUGAGCUGUGAAUGGGGAAGUCACGUGAGCCAUAAAUUCACAAGGUGAAUGCAAACAGCCUUGAUUUUUGAGCAUCCUUAACUGGUCAGGGUAGGGAAUCGCCACUGGCUGCUGUGGAAAUACAUUCACAGAACCUGCCUUUCAUGUGGCUGGUGCACACACUGACCAGCAUUAGGCAUGUACAGCACAGAAGCAAAACAAAUGCAGCAGCCUUGAAUGAUGUGCCUAAGAAUGAGCAGCUUAUGACCUUGCAGAAUACAAAGGACAAUGGCUUGAAUGGAGAUAUUGCGUCAUCGGCCAGCAGGGAGUCAAAUCUGUUGUGUACAUUUGGGCAUGCAAGGCCUUGUGACUUGCUUAUUAUCUGCCUGAAAUGACAAUGGACUUGUAGUUCGUUUUCUGCUGCAAAGUGUCCACUUGCUACCUUGCUCUGCUGUCUGCAGAGUUCUGUGAAACUCCAAAUCCAAAACUAUGUGUCUGCCUUAUCCUGCAAAAGUAACAAGCGCAGCAUGUGGCAAAGGACAAUAAAGAAUUUUGUUUCCUGGGAAUCUUCACUUAAAGCUGAUUUCCAGGCCAUAAUGGCAGCAACACAUGCCUGGAAGUGUGUGUUUGCUGUCCUCUCAGAAGCCAAAGGUGAUGACGGAAUGAGAAUUCUGUGGCUUGAGCCGUGGGGCCCUUAGUGCACUGCAUAACUUCUGGCUCCUCCCCAUAACCAGCACAAAAAUAAACCACUUGCAGAAUUUAGUGUUAUUUACUUGGCUGCAGCUUUUGAAAAGGGGGGAGGGGUAAAGCAUGGGGAAACAAGACAACUCUGUCCCUAAAGCGUGUAAAAUGGAGAAGUUAACUGUGUUAAGCCACUUUGCACUGGCUUGUCGAAAACGUGGCUUAAAAAUACAUUUGAAUGAAAUAAUUCUCCUCUUAUAUAACGCCAUGUUGUCCCCCCCCCCUCCUUGUUUCUCCCAGGAGGCCUGCGAUGGACCGAGAGACAAGAAAGAAGAAUGAUUCCCCUGCUGCAUAUUGGGGGUUCUGGCCAGUCUCCACCUGGUUGCUGUACACUCAUGUUUUUCAUGGGGCUGGGGGCAGUCUGGCUGAGCCCCCUCCCCUCACUUUCUGGGCAUGGGUUUGGGUGAUCUGUUCAUCCACCAUUAUUUGCUCCUUCCCCGUCCUGCACCCCCCUUCAGUGAUAUAGCUUUUGAGUGGACUGCUAACUCUCUUUAUCCUUGUGCCCCUGCCCCCCCCCCCCAAUAAAGAGACUGGAUGUGAACUUACCAGAACAAUACUGCUGCUUGACUGUUUCUCACAGGUGGAGGAGAGGAGGAAGAGGAAGACAAAGUCUGUCUCUCUGGGGAGGCAGUUGGGGCUGGGCUACCAGGGCCAGAAGCAUUUCAUGGUGGCGAGGGUUGGCUGGGUCUAUUUCAGCAUGUGCUCUAAGGCUGUCCUGCUGUCUUUUAGCUGCACUUGCUCCCCCAGACUAUGGGUAGUUUCACUUACUCCAUCCAAAGCCUGAAGGGAGCAUGAGUGGAGCAUUAUGUGUGGUGCUUAUGUGCUCCUGUUGAUACCAUCUGGCUGUGAUGGGGAAGAUCUCCUCUGUGUCCGUAAUCUCUGUAUUUUUUUUAUAAUAUAUAUUAAGGACAAGGUGUCUGUACAAAGCUUCUCAUUAAAACUCUGGUAGAACAAAG